GAAAUUGCUAUGUUUACAGCUGCAGGGUUAACCCUAGAUGGACCUUGCACACAGACCACUUCAUUGAGCUGAAGUGGUCUGGGUGCCUAUAGUGUUUUUUUUAAAUAUUUGCUGCAUUUGCCUUUCUCUAACUCAAACCACUAAAGCACUUGUUCAUGCACUCCUUUCCUGAAUUGAAGUACCUUAGGCUAGGGAAGGGAGUCACAGUAGUAAAGUCCAGUCACUGAAAACAUACACCUUCAGGAAAGUUUACCAUCUUCCUGGGUUUCUCUCAUUUCACUGCUUUCAUCACUUCCAUAGCACAGCUCACUUUCCUGUCACUAUUUGGUUCUUCUGAACAACACUUUUACUAGCCUAUUUCAAAACCGGCAUUACAUUGAUCAAUCCUUACCCCAUUAACAUGCUAUUAUUUUGUCUUCACCUGUUCCUCAUACUGAAAGCUUGUUUGAGCAGGGCCUUCUUCACCUCUUGUAUGUUAAUUACUUGUUAAAUACCCCAAUUUUAUUAUAGGAAUAUGUUGGCAAAAUAAAAUUGCUAAUACAUGUCGUUUUUUUUUUUUUUUUUUUUUUUUUUGUCUUAUUGUCAGCAAUUCCCAGAAAAUGUACCUUAUUCACCUGCAAACUGCUAGAUUAUCUUUUUUUUUACCAGGUUACAUUUUCUUCUGAGGAGUCUGAUUUAUAAAUAGUUCUUAUGCGCUUGAGAAUUUUUCUGUAUCGAACAGCUGUUAGUGCAGUUAUGUCACACAGAUAUUUAGUUAUUUUUACAUCUUGAACUGACUACACAUGUCGCCAGGGUGUGAUGGGAGAAAUCUUGCUACUAGCAAGUUGUUUUUGUUUUUUGUGACUCGGAUUUUGCUUUUCCUUUGACUACAUAAUUCAAUAAAUGUAAACUUCGCAUACUUGUGACACUGCAUUGGUGGGGUUUUAUUAUUUAUUUUUUCUUUCAAGGGACAUAAAUGUGUCCCUUGUAAAAGCUUUCUGUUGCUUUGUGUCACAACAAUUUUAGUACAAAUAAUUGGUUGUGGGCGGGAAACUUUGCAAGUUGGUUAAUUGCAGUGUUCAUAUACAGCACUGCUGCAGAAAAUGCUACGAACAUAUGCAACAUUUCUCCAUUAAAUGAUGUUCAAGCAUGUGGCUUCAGGGCAACAGCCCUUCAUCACGCCACUGUUUCGUCUGCCAAUUAUAUCCUUUAUUUUUCUCUUCUAAACUCUAAUUCCAUUGAAUAACUGUGAUAGUAGUAUAGAAUGUCAGUGUGAACUCCAGAGUGUUUCAGCAUGUAAUCCGGAUGCUUUUAAAUGUGUCCAAUUUUUAAUUACCGUAUAUACUAGAGUAUAAGCUGAGGCCCCUAAUUUUACCACAUAAAACUGGGAAAACUUAUUGACUCGAGUAUAAGCCUAGUGUGUGUGUAUAGAAUGAAUGCAGUGUGUGUGUGUGUGUAUAGAAUGAAUGCAGUGUGUGUGUGUGUGUGUAUAGAAUGAAUGCAGUGUGUGUGUGUGUGUGUGUAUAGAAUGAAUGCAGAGUGUAAACUGGAUGAGGGGAGGGCAUUUUAUUUUAAUUUAAUUUUAUUAUAUUUUAAUAUUUGCAUUAUAUUUUUUAAUGUUUUUUGUCCCCCCUCCCUGGCCAGGCAACAAGCAGGGAGGGGGGACAAAUUUUUAAAAAAAAAAACAAUGAAAAUAUUAAAAUAAUUUAAAUAUUUUAUUAUUAAAAUAUAAUAUUGAAUCCCUGGUGGUUCAGUGGGGGGGCUGGCAGUGAGCUCUUACUUACCUUCUUGCAGCUCCCUCCUCCUCCUUGCAGCUCCCCGGUCAGCUCCCCGGCGGCUCUCGCGAGACUUACACUGGGAGCAGAACGGAGCUGACCGAGGAGCUGCACGGAGGAGGAGGGGGCUGACAGGAGCUGCAGGAAGGUAAGUAACAGCUCACUGUCAGCCCCCAACUGGACCGCCGGGCUUGUAAUGAGCCCGGCGGUCCUGGUCUGUAUUAUGGCAAUGUAAGUUGCCAUAAUACAGACUGACUCGAGUAUAAGCCGAGUUGGGGUUUUUCAGCACAAAAAAUGUGCCGAAAAACUCGGCUUAUACUCUAGUAUAUACGGUAAUCUGGGUUACUGAUCCCAUGAUGUCACAUAGGGCAGCAAACUCGAAAUAUUCAGUCAAAAUUUCUUUAAAGGAUCACUAUAGUAAAUAUAUAAAAUGAAAAAGACCGGUCUCCUUGCCUUCUUUCUUACUUUUAUAUGAACUUGCCCCCUAAAAAUAAAUUUGUCUUUUUUUAUUAAAACUUACCUCCGUUCCAGCGCUCCUUGCCAGGCCACGCCCCAUUUUUCGUCAAAAUGACGAAAUCGCAGGGCCCAAUAGGACGCUUCGCUUUGAGAAGCAUCAUGGUGCUCUGGUGCGCAUGCGCGGCUUCGCCCUGCACCAAUCCGGCUCUUGAUAGAGCGGCAUUAAAUGCCGCUCUAUGAAAACUGAUCGCUCUACCGCGCAUAUGCACGUUCAGGAGCUGAGCUGACAGCUCAGCUCGGUGUCUGCUCGCCCCCUCUUACAACAACCCUCCAGCCCAAAGUAAGUAUGCAAACACUACAUAUAGAGAUCUCUCUAUCUAUAUUUGUAUACAAACACACAUUUUAUAUAAAGAUUGUUAAACAUAUUCUCUCUCUCUCCCUCCCUCCCUCCCUCCACACAUUGCUGACAGGCUCCGGGGUUACUACAGGACAUAAGAGGCGCGUUCACAGUGCUUCCCAUCACCUGUCUGCUGAUGGCACGUUUGAUGUCUUCACCCAAGCGUGAAGACGUCAAAUGUGAAGAUGAAUGCGAAUUAUGCAUUCAUCAACUCGGAAUUCCCUCUGGUGGCAGUCUGAGUGACUGCAACUGGAGGUGUUCCUAGCUUCAAAGGUAAACACUGUUUUCUCAGAAAAUUGUUUACAUGAGAGAGGCUGCAGGGAGCUAUAGUUCUCACCUGAACAAUCUCAUUAAGCUGAAGUUGUUCAGGUGACUAUAGUGUCCCUUUAAUGAACUCUGAUUUGUAACUAAAGAUGUUAUGCAUAUUUUGUUUACAUUACAAAUAACAUUCUAUUUUCCCCUUAGUAUUGUUUUAAAUCCUGUAGGGGUUAAUCCCAUUGCUGUUAUUUUUGAAAGCUAUAAAACUUAAGUCAUACUUUCGUUUUGUUUUUUUUACAUUUGUUCGCUCUACUCAUUCUGGAAAUUUGGCACUUUUUUAAACCAUUCUUGUGAAACUUUUUUUCAUAGAAGGAGCAGCCAAUAAAGUUCUUGAAAAGUAUCAAAGAACCUUCAAAUCUCUACCUUUAAAGAAAACAUAAAAACAGGACAGUUAAAAAUGAUUUCAAUGCCCAUGGGAGCAGAUGGUACUCUAACAGGGACAUUGUAUACCCAUCUUCCAAGUGUCACCAGAUAUAUUUUAUUAGAAUAGCAUUUCUUUAUGGUAACACUCUCCAUAAAAGUACAGUAUAGCAGUAUCUUUAUAAUGUAAACUACUUGUUACAUUUCAGCUUUAAUCAGAUUUACUUAAACACCAGUUUUUUUCUUUUUUGUCUUUAGCCUCCAUGAAGAGAUAAUAGACUUUUACAAAUAUAUGUCCCCGCGACCGGAAGAGGAGAAUAUGAGGAUGGAGGUUGUCAGUAGAAUUGAAAAUGUCAUUAAGGAGUUAUGGCCAAAUGCAGAUGUAAGUAUAACUUUGACAAUGAGCUGUCCCUGACUAGACGAGCACAGGGUCUCAAUUCAUCGACUGAGUGUCAGCUUAUCUUUAAACUGCUUAAAUACUGUAUUGCAUGAAUUGCACAUUAAUCCUUAAUAGUGUGGCAUUACAUAUACAUAGCCCAUAAACUUUAGACCUGUUCUCUAACCUGUAGGGCAAGAUUCAAUGCUUUAGCGAAUAUAAGGCUUCUAAAACAAUUGUACAGGCAUAUUCAAGUUUAUUUUGUCUUAAAAUGUCUUUUUACUGCUUUAGGUGCAAAUAUUUGGAAGCUUCAAAACAGGACUUUAUCUUCCUACAAGGUAAGAAUCUAUUUAAUGAAAUAUUGAUAACCUCAAAUUUUGAAGGGACACUAGAAUUAUCAGAACAACUUCAGCUCUUAAUGAAGCAGUUUUGGUCUAUUAAUCAUGCCUCUGCAGUAUCCAUUCUGUGCCAUUUAGGAGUUAAAUCACUGUUUAUGCAGCUCUAGUUACACCCUCCCCUGUUUGUGACUCACAUUUUCAGUGAGUGUUAAGUUGUUUUAGAAGUUUAUCAUUUGCUCUAAAAAAAUGAAUGUUAAUCACACACAAGGCUUCUGUGGGGUCUAAAAGGCUUUUAAAUGAACAGGAUAUAAAAUUCUAAAUUAAGCAAACUAUGCAAUAAAAGAAGCUUUAAAUAUGAAAUCUCUAUUUACAUGAAUUGUUGAGAGAGGCUGUGCAAGCCACAUGCAGGGAGGUGUUACUAGGGCUGCAUAUAGAAAGCAAUUUCACUCCUAAAUGGCAGAGAAUUGAGCAUUGAUGUGGCAGUGUUUUCAUCUAUACACCAAAACUGCUUCAUUGAGCUAAGUUGCACUAUAGUGCCAGGAAAGCAAAUUCAUUUUCCUGGCACUAUAGGGUCAUUAGGUCCCCCUCACCCUCAGGGGCCACCCACCCGCUGGGCUGAAGAAGUGAAAACCCCUUCAGCCAAUUAUCUUUCUCCAGUGCCGGGCUCCCUCUGUGCUGGGGGGAUCUCUCCACCCCCUGCCGACGUCAGAUCCGACUGCGCGGCAAGAGUCGCGCGCGUUCAAGUGGCCCAUAUGAAAGCAUUAUUACUUAAUGCUUUCCUAUGGACAUCCAGCGUCCUCUCACUGUUUCUCUGAAACUGCUAUGUUUUCAGCUGCAGGGUUGAAACUAGAGGGUCCUGGCACCCAGACCAUUUCAUUGAGCUGAAGUGGUCUGGGUGCCUAUAGUGGUCCUUUAAUUGAAGAAAAUCGAAGCAGUCAUUGUCUAUACUUCCAAUGCAGACGUUGGCAGUAAAGUUAAACCUUCCCAUAAGUGUUAUGGACAUGGGUGUCUGUCAUCCAAGGGAUCCUUAAUUUGUGUCAAACUGCUAUACUUGAUCUUCUAUCUGGAGGAUUGUGCCAAAGGACUCAAAUUAAAAUGUGUAGUGUGGACAUUUUUAAGAUUUAAUGGUUGAGAACCAUUAUUCAGAAUAAUCUUAAAGGCUACCGGUCGUGUCCAAAACUUAAAAAAAAAAAAGAGUGUGGGGAAACUACUACGCGCAUAAAACUUAAUCUAUACACUGUUCUUGCAAUUAUUUCAAUUAAAUUACAUUUAAAGAAUAGUUUUUUUCCCAUCUGUCCAUAAUUUGGCUUACUCUAUGCUGAAUUUGUUUGCCUGCUUGACGAAUCUUCCCCCAAGCAGGGCAAGUUGGUGAAGAGUGUGGGCAGACUGGAGGCGAAUAUUACAGAAGUUUUACACCAACCUCUGAGAUCACAGGGAGGAGGAGAGGGUCAUGGAAGUGUUAACAUUUUUUUUAGUGUAGUCUUAAAUAGAACUUGGCAUUUUCUUCUGAAGAAAUUUAGAAAAAUGUGGCAUAGAGCAGAACUUGUGCCCGUCACAUCAAGGUAAGUGUCAAACUGUUCUUACAGUUUGACAGAUUACUGGACUACCGCACCCUGAUGUGCCUAGACUAUGCAUGAUUGUUGCUCACUGAGGUUCACCUGGGAAGUAGCUGUGGCUAAUAAAUGUAAUUGUUUCCUCUUAGCGAUAUCGACCUAGUGGUGUUUGGGAAAUGGGAGAAUUUACCACUUUGGACUCUAGAAGAAGCUCUUCGGAAGCAUAAAGUAGCUGAUGAGAAUUCCGUGAAAGUUCUUGACAAAGCCACAGUGAGUUGCUUUUAUUUGGUCGUAGCUUUUCAGGUGAUAUUGGAAGAAACCGUAAAUCCUGUUGCUCACUCUUUUAUUUUAUUUUCUUUGAAUAAUUUUAGGUUCCAAUUAUUAAGCUGACAGAUUCCUUCACAGAAGUUAAAGUGGAUAUCAGUUUUAAUGUACAGAAUGGGGUAAAAGCAGCCCAGCUCAUCAGGGAUUUUAUCAAGGUAGGCAUUCUGAUAAAAUAAAAAAAUUGAAGACACAAUGUCAAUGCUUUAUGUAGUCGAACUUGAAAUGGUUGUGUAUUGGAAAACCUCAAGUACUAGGUCCAUUUUUAUGUGGUCCUUCAGUAGUGACUAACAUAAUUAUGUGUAAGCAUCCAUGGGAGUUGCAUUUCAGAAACCGCUGAUGUGUUUUUUUUGUUUUUUUUUUUGGACAUAAGAAAUAACUUUAACCCCUUCCUGACCUCAGACCUGCAGGGUACGUCUGACAAAAAAUGGCAGUUAAUGACUGUGGACGUAGCCUGCACGUCAGUGGCUAAAAUGACCUGGGUACUCACCUGGACUGGCGAUACUGGUCUGGGGAUCGCUAGCAGUCCCCCUGCAGCAGCUCCAGCCUCUCUGGCCCUCCAGGGCCAUGUUAUCACCAUGAUCACAUGGCUGCAAUAGUAUAUGAAGCUGCCAGCAAGGGGACUGCCUGAGCAAUCAGGCAGUCCCCCGACACCUAAAGUGUGUUUAAAAAAAAAAAAAAAAAAAAAGUAUAAUGUAUUAUAAAAUCUUUAAAGCAUUUUAUAAUAUAUUAUAUAUAUAUAUAUGAUUGCAUUUAAGUGUACUUUGAGAUAUAUGCAUAAUAUAAAAUGCUUUAAUUAUUUUUGUGUAUAUUAUACAUAUAGGAAAUAGUGUGUGUAUUAUGCCAAAUAAGUUGUGGUGGGGAAAGUGUGGAUGAAAACCCCUUCCACCUGAAAUAAAUGGAUAGUUAAUGCAAUGUUAAACACAAAUACACACGAGGCAAGCCAUAAGACUUGCUUUUACCUCAUAAAUCUCACUUUAACAGUGCUCUCACACGUGUGUGUGUGUGUGUGUGUGUGUGUAUAUAUAUAUAUAUAUAUAUAUAUAUAUAUAUAUACACACACACACAGAUUCUAUUUGUAGAUUAACAUCUCACAAGUACAACUGUACCCCUUAAGUAUAGGUUUUAUGGUAAUUUUGAAAGUUACCUGGUCAAACAUAAGAUUUGUCAAUUUAUAUUUUUGUAAAUUGCUAUUUGCGAGAUUGGUUGUGUUGCCUUUGAGAUGGGAUGGCAGCCCAGAAAUUCAAAUUGACCCUACCAUUACAUACCAUUUGUAAAAGUAGACCACCCAGGGUAUUCAAAAUGGGGUAUGUCCAGUCUUUUGUAGUAGCCACUUAGUCACAUACACUGGCUUAAGUUGGCUUUCAUAUUUGUUUGUGUGUGAAAAAUGAAAAAAAAAAAAAGAAUAUGAACACUAACUUUGGCCAGUGAUUGUGACUAAGUGGCUAAUAGAAAAAACUGGAUAUACCAUAUUUGCAAUACCUUGGAUUAUCUACAUUCGCAAAUGGUAUGUCUUCAUGGGGGUAAUUCUUAUUCCUGGGCUACCAUACGGUCUACAUAACAAAUUGGGCAAAUAUAAAUGAAACGGGCAAGCCUUAUAUUUCACCAUGUAACGUUACAAAAAAAUGCAAAAAAAAUGAGCGCUAACUUUGGCCAGCGUUCGUGACAAAAAAAAGACUGGACAUACCCCAUUUUGAAUACCCUGGGUUGUCUAUUUGCAAAUGGUAAGCACAGUGAUUGGAUCAGGCUAUCACAUGCCCGCAGACUGCUUGUUUUUCCUGAGUCCAACAGCAUGCAGAUUUACAGCUUCUGGCUUGAAUAUAGUAAGAUUUUUUUCAGGAAUACAUGUAGUUGCACUGGUGACUAUAGUGUCCCUUUAACUAAACAAACUGCUCUUUCACUGACGAUAUCAUUGUUGUGAUAUGUUUUACAACACAUAUAUUUGUGUUCAGCGAAGUCUCCGGAGUAUAACCAUACCCCCAUGUACUGGUUUUAUAGUGUUUUUCAAAGUUACAGGGCCAAAUAUAAGGAUUGCCCGUUUCAUUUUUUUAAUAAAAAUUUGACAAAUUGGUUAUGUUGCCUUUGAGACCAUAUGGUAGCCCAGGAAUGAGAAUUACCCCCAUGAUGGCAUACCAUUUGCAAAAGUAGACAACCCAAGGUAUUGCAAAUGGGGGUAUGUCCAGUUUUCUUUCUAGUUGUCACUUAGUCACACACACUGGCCAAAGUUAGCAUUCAUAUUAGUUUUUUGCAUUUUUCACGCACAAACAAAUAUACAAAUAUAAAUGCUAACUUUGUCCAGUGUUUGUGAGUUAAGUGGCUACCACAAAAGACUGGACGUACCCCAUUUUGAAUACCCUGGGCUGUCUGCAAAUGGUAUGUCAUGGUGGCAUUAAUUUUAAUUUCAAGGCUGCCAUAUCGUCUCAAAUGCAAAAUGGCCAAUCUGGCAAAUAGCAAUUUGCAAAAAUAGAUAUUGGCAAAUCUUAUGUUUUGACCCUGUAACUUUCCAAAUACCCAUAAAACCUAUAGUUGAGAGGUACUGUUGUAUUUGUGAGCCAUUACUCUAAACAAAUGAGUGUUUUCUACAGAAAUGUAUUCUACUGAUAUCAUCUGUGAAAUGGCAGUUUGUGUUCCAAAAAAAGCCUCUAUCUCGAUCGGACAGGGUUUGUGACUAAGUGGCUACUAAAAGAGUAGACCUACCCCAAUUUGAAUACUGUGGGUUGUCUACUUUAAAAAAAUUAAAAUCAUGCACCCAUGUCAAUUUAGGAGAUUUUUGAAGCUGGCCAAUGUAAUUUACUCCCCAUCAAUUUAAAAAGAAAUUGAUAGGGAGUAAAUUACAUUGGCCAGCUUCAAAAUUCUCCUAAAUUGACAUGGGUGCAUGAUGAAGAGCUGAGAAAAUUCCAAGUUGGAAAACUGGAAUGCGCACCCUCCAAAUGUCUUUUUUAGCCCCCAGAGAACCUGACACUCCUAUACAUAGUGGGUAUCGCUGUACUCAGAUGUUGCUGAACACAUAUUGGGAUGUUUUUUGGCAGUAACCUUUAAAGUUCUCCUUACAUGUAUUCUUAAAUUGCUAUGUGUCAAAAAAAGCACCACACUUUGUAGAUGUGUAACAGAUUUUGGGGGUUAACGUUAGAAAAAGUGUUUGGGUUUUGUUUCACUUUUUUUCCAUCAUAUUUUAUAUUUUUUGUUUUAUAGUAAAUUUAUAUGAUGAAAAUAAUGGUAUCUUUAGAAAGACCAUUUAAUGGCGAGAAAAACUGUGUAUAUAUAGUGUGUGUGUAUGUAUGUGUAUGUGUGUAUGUAUAUGUAUGUAUGUAUAUGUAUGGUGUGUGUGUAAAAUUACAGCUAAACACAAACACCACAGAAUAGUAAAAACAGCCUUGGUCCCAAACGGUAAGAAAAUUGAAAAGCUGUCUGAUCACGAAGAGGUUAAAAUCAUACCUUGAAUAGUUUGUCCAAACUUGUAGAAAACAGUCCAAUUUUUAACACAUACAGGCUUAUGAAAUGUAUUGUCAAAGUAGAUGAACAGAUUCUUUAUUUUUAACUUUGAAUUCUCACUUUAGUAAAACAACCUUGAUAAAGUUUAUUUUGCAAAACAUUACAACCUAUUUCAGUGCAUUCAGUUUAAUCACUUUUUAUUUAUUUUUUUCCCUCCUCUUACCUUUCGGUGUUGCAGAAAUAUCCGGUCCUUCCUUACCUGGUGCUGGUUUUAAAGCAGUUCUUGUUACAGAGAGAUCUUAACGAAGUGUUUACUGGGGGAAUAGGCUCUUACAGUCUGUUUUUAAUGGCUGUCAGUUUUCUGCAGGUGAGCUUUCAUUGAUUGUCAUAAAUGCUUUUAUAAAAUUUUACUUUUUUUUUUGUCCAGUAACUUAGAUCUUCAGUCUUAUUACUGAAACAUCUUCCAGUUAUUUAAUUUUUUUUUUCUCCCCCUGUUUAUUUUUAAUCUUUUUAGCUGCACCCGCGAGAAGAUGCCUGUAGUCCAGAUGCCAACUAUGGUGUCCUGCUCAUAGAGUUUUUUGAGUUAUAUGGAAGGCACUUCAACUAUCUAAAAACUGGAAUACGCAUAAAAGAUGGUGGGUCUUACGUAGCAAAGGAUGAUGUUCAAAAAACCAUGCUUGACGGUUAUAGACCUUCAAUGCUGUACAUUGAAGACCCAUUGCAGCCUGGUAAGUACAAUCAUCUCUUACAAAUGUGUUGUUUUUUCCUUCCUGAUCCAUGUUCUUUCCCCAAGUAUAGUUGUGGAUCUAAUAAGUUUUUGUUUUGCCUGUAUUGCAGGCAAUGAAGGAUGGUUUUAUGGUUAGCCAUUAGAGGCAUCCUACAGCUAUGCAUUUGUGCAACUAUCAAGGCUCAAAGAGAAUUUGUAAUAAUCUGUGAUGUGCAUAGGAAGUUGUUCCAUUAUUAAACACAAAAAACUGAAAUCACAUUGACAUAAUUCGGACCCUUAAAAGGACACUGUAGGCAUCUAGACCACUUAGGCUCAUUGAAGUGGUCUGGGUACAGUGCCCGUCUUGCCCUUAAUGCUGCUAUCUUAAACAUUGCAGUUCCAGAGAAAUUGCAGCACUAAGUCUGCCCUCAGUGGCGGUCUACCAGACAGCCACUAGAGGGCUUCCUGGUUUGAAACUGACCUUUGGUCCGGUAUCGUAUGCUGGACACCCACCAUCAGAUUUUUCCCCAUAGUAAAGCAUUGAUUGCUUUGCUAUGGGGGAUCUAAAGGGCGUGCAGAAUUUGCUGCGCAUGUGCAUUAAAGCUCGCUGUUCGCGGGACAGAGGUGGAGCUUCGACCCAGCGCAGAGGGACAUCGGCACUGGGAUCAGGUAGGUAAGUAAAGGGUUUUUAACUUAUUGUUCACUGGGGUCGUGCGAGAGUGGGGGAGGCAGGGGAAGCUACAGCUUUUAUAUUCCUGGCACUAUAGUAUCCCUUUAACUCUGUACGAAUUACCUUUUGGCAGGGAUUUACAGCCUCAAUUUUUAUUUUAUUUUUAGGCAGGAGGAGACAAGUUUAGCACACCUGAUUUGGGUAGUUUCUGCCCUUUAUCUCUACAGAUCCCUUCGUGUCAGAUGGAGAUUGUCAGACAAAAUACAUUUUCAAAGCUGUUUGAGGGUCCCAGACAGAUCCUGGACUUUAACCCAGACAUUUGCAGAGUUGUGCCAAAGCUACUCUUCUCUGUUGUCUUGUCUGUAUGUGUAGGGUGUUGGCAAGUAAUCCUUUGUCCUUUGGCCUUCGUUAAGGAUAUCUGAGACUGUUCAGGGUUGAGCAAGAGCUGAACACACAAAGGUCUGGUUACAGAAAACAAUACCCCCAAACCAUGCUACCACCACCAUGUUUCCAUGUUGCGAUAGCUGCGUUUUGCGGAUGCCUGUUUUUCUCCAGAUAUGAUCACUUGAAUGGAGGCCAAUCUUGUCCAUCUGAGAGUCUUUUUAGGUGCUUCUUUUUUCUUUUAAUGUGUUUUGCAGUGAGUUGAGGCUUCUGUCUGGCUAGUCUGCCAUUAAGGUCAGAUCGGUGGCGGUUUGCUGUUUUGUUAGUCCUUUCACAAGUUUCAUCAAUUUCCACACAUGAUCUCUGGAGUUCACCCAGAGUGACUCUUCUAUAUUUCCUCCAAAAACCCUUAUCCCUGAUUGCUAAUUUUCACCGGGCAGCCAAAUCUAAGAAGAGUGCAAGCUGUUCCAAACCUCCAUUUAUAAAUUAUGAUGUCCACUGUGGAAUCUUACAUGCAGCUGAAUAUAUACUUUUGCGUACUGUACACUACUAUGCUGGCAGUUCCUUUGCUUGGGUUUUGCUCUGAUAAGCAUUUACACCCGUGAGACCUUGUACAGAUAGGUCUGUACCUUUCCAUAUCCUGUCCAAUUUAUUAAUUUUAACAACUUCCCUAAGAUGAUAGACAAAUGGGAUGCAUCUGAUCUAACUUUCUAAGUGUCAUAGCAAAGGGUCUAAAUACUGAUGUCAAUAUGAUAUUUCAGUUUUCAACAUAUACAUAAUAUUUAAAAACACAAAUCAUUUUUUAAACUUUUUUUUUCACCCUCUCAUUUCCAGACUGUGCAGUGUUUUGACACGAAACCGGGGAACUAGUAGUACAAUUAUUGUAAUACUUAUGUAGUUGGUGUUUUCUAUAUUAUCUGGGUUAUUCACUAAAUAGAGGAUUGUUGGAAAUUCAAGGUUAAUUCAAAAUUAAGGCCAAAGUAGCUUCAGGUCAGAUGUGCCCCCACUUUGGCAACAUUGGACUUAAAUUUUUGAGUUCACCUUGAUUGGUUUCCAGGUGAAAACUCUCAGGAUCAAAGUUAUUACCAUGGUCUAUAGUGUCAUCAUAUUGCUAGUUUGUGGGUUUUUUUUUUUUUUUUGUAACACUACUGAUGACAAAGAAUCUUCUGGACAGUUGGAUUCUAAAGAUGGCACAACAGAUGUAUAAUGCAAUACUGUUCAGUGCAGGAGCUUAACUGUUUCCUUUCUUUCAUCCCAGGUAAUGAUGUUGGUCGGAGCUCCUACGGAGCCAUGCAGGUGAAACAGGCAUUUGACUAUGCUUAUGUUGUUUUAAGCCAUGCGGUUUCACCCAUUGCCAAGUUUUAUCCCAACAAUGAAUGUGAAAGGUAUAAACCAUCUUCUCUCUCAUCCUUCCUUAUGUUAUUUGUAAAUAUGUGUACUUAACCAGCAAUGAUCUGUUGUGGUCUAUAAAGUCUUCUUUGAAGUUGUGACUGGCACAUAAAAAUGCAUGAAAUGCAUUAAAACCUUCAUUGGAAGUGGUAUUACUCAUGACAUUUUAUUUAUUUUAAUUUACACACAGCAUUUUGGGACGUAUUAUUCGAGUGACACAGGAGGUAGUCACUUACAGGGAAUGGAUAUCAAAACAAUGGGGGCAACAAAAACGAUCUGAACCAGCACAUAAUGGUAAGAAUUGUAAAAUAACUUGGUCUUUCCAUGGUUUAUAGAUUUUACUUAGUGAAUUAUGCUAGCAGGAAUAGGAUAAAAUAAAACUGAAGAAAUCUGUUCAGUUAAAUUCUACUGAAUAUUAUGCUCCUUGUAGAUAGAUGUAACAUUUACACGGUUAUAAGCGUCAGUUCUUAUUAACUUCUGUGUUUAUCUAUGCCAAAUAAGAGCCAUCUCUGCAGUUAUAGCUUUGGCUUGUGAAACACUUAGUUUCCAAACAGCCCUUAGACCAUCAACACACUAAAGUAAAUUUCAGGAAACCAAGGUGGUUUCUUUUUUGUUUUUAUCUAAAAAUUAUACUUAGAAGUUUUGUAUAGUCUCCAUUCGUCCCAAAACCUUGGCAGUGUUUCAGUGUGUAGUGAAAUCUGCUUUUUUUUUUUUUUUGUGUGCGCCUCUACUUAUGAGUUAUCCCCUCAACCCAUCCAUUAGUUGAAGGACUAAAAGCUUUUUCUCAUGUUGUACAGAUCAGCACUUUGCAGUGUAUUUUAAGAGAUAUAAAAUGAUCAAUCACCAUUCCAUGUCUGUAACUGUAAUACAUGUAAAAUUAUUUUUUAUAGCUUAACCCCUUAGGCAAUUGAAAAAGUUCUGAAACAAAACCUAGAAUUUGAGCGAUAGGUCUUGUUAAACCAUAAUUUAAAUUUUUUUCAUAUUAAGUGCACCCACACUUAGUAUAUAAAAUUUUUGUUCAGGGGAAAUAUGACUUUCCUUUCACAUAAAAUGCCAUGCAGAACUUAUAACAUUUCUUACUUUAGACUUUAUAUAUAAAUAUUUGAACUGUGAAUGCCGUAACACUGUUCACUUUUUACUACAAUAAAACACACCUAUUUGUGUCUGAGCACAGCAGUACCCCACGUACAGGUUUUAUCGGGGGUUUUGGAAAGUUACAGGGUCAAAUUAUAUAGCUCGCGAAUUAAAUUCUCUGGACUUUCUGCCAAGGUUGUCAUGCAGCUCUCCCAAUAUAUAAUUAUCACAUUUGUGUUUAACUAUUUCACUACUAUACUAAGAAUAAAUAAAAGUUGUUGUGUUUUUUUAAAUAUAUUUUGAAGUGUGUAUAUCUAGAUACAGACACUCAGGGGGUCCGUUGUUGCACUGGCUUUAUAGGCAGUAGCCUCAUCCUGUUGAAACCACGUUUCAGGACAACUUUCCACUACCGGACGUAAACAUUUUUCAUAUCUUGUUUCUUGCUUCAUUUUUACUUGUGCCUUUGUGAAAUUACUCAUGAUGAAUCUCACAAGACUGUUAGUAGUUACAUUUUUGUUGCAGGUACAUAUAGUUAUUUACAUGUUAAAUCAUAAUCUGGCUUUUCAGCCUACCCUGUGUUUUACAUACUCAGUCCCCUGCAGACAAUCUGUCAAUCACGCUGAUCUAAGUAAUGUGAUCACAGUGUCAUCUUGAUCACGUAACUGGAUUGGCUGCAACGAACUGCCUGGGUUGUCGGGCAAUACUUUCCCAGUCGGAUCUGGUCAGGAGGGAGAGUAUUGGGCUGGAUGGAGUGCCUAAUCAUUGGGGCAUAGUAUGCUGCCCUAAAGUUGUUUAAAGCCCGCUUGUUGUAGGAUAGCAUGGCACACUCUAAAAUUGGAAAGGGUUAAGAAUUGUACAAACAUACGUAAAUUCCAAAUUUACCUGUUUACUUUUUUAAAUUUUUUUAGGAAAUGAGGUAACCUUGAUAGUGGAUGUGCACCACCUGGACAAGCGUAAUAAUAAUGUGUCUGACCAAAAUACUGCUUCAGGACAAGCCAAAAAUAAGACCUCGGAAACUGUUGGUAAACACUCCUCCAACUCAUCUUGUCCUGUGUCUUCGUCCUCUUCCACACUUUCCAGCUCGAGUGAUGUGGUGAGUACGUUGUUUAAAGAUUUAUUGAUAUGCUCUGAAAAGUGUUUUCUUUAUAGACUUCUUUGGGAGAGUGUACUCUUCUGCAUACAGAGUGUCACUUGCUUGUUGGGGUAUUUUUUAUUUUUUUGGUGGUGUUAGUAUAUUAAGUAACCAGUCAGAUGGCUAUGGGAUGUGUUGUUUCCUUUUCUUAAAGGGUUAGUCCAAUCAAAAAAGUCCUCUUCACUGGAGAAGGGAUAUAUGGCAAGGAUGGGCUGAGUGGAACAUGGGUGGCAGGUAGGGGGGAGUGCCACUAUUGGUUGCCGGAAUGCUGUGAGACAUCCCAUACCAUAAACUAAUUACCAGCCUAGAACUCUGGUGUCUGUAGCUUGCAAGUGCAGUAUUGCCUUUACAUUGAUGCCUUGAAACUCCUCUAGAGACAGUCACUCAACCACUAGAGGUGCUUUAUAUUUCAAUGCAGCACUUUGGUCAGCAUUUCCAUGCUCUGCAUGAGGAUUCUGAAUGCUCCCUAUAGAUAUGCAUUGAUUUAUAUAAGCUGUAAGGAGAUGCUGACUGGCACAGUGCAAGGUUUUGUUGCAUAUGGGCAAUUGCCUCCCAAUGCUUUCCUAUGGCCAGCCGCAGUGAGACCAGUGUGACGAUGGAGAAAAGGUAAGUAAAUCUACCUUUCUAUCUCCCAAACGAAGGGGUGCUGGAGACCUAAACAUGUAGUGUACCCUUUUAAACUAUGUGAAGGGCUGCACAUUUAGACUCCAGGUGCCAAGAUCACUUCAAGUUGUUGAAGUGAUUAUGGUGCUUGGGGUAAUCCUUUAACAUACAUACAGAUCAAAUUUGUGCUUUAAAACAAAGGUGAGAUCUAGAUUAACACAAGUCAUGUAUUGAAAAUCUAGGUCUCUUUAUUAUUGGCUGUUAGUACUAGUUAUAUCUCUAUGCUUCUCGUCUCUCCACCGUCAAAUUUACAACCCUAUAACUUUGUAAAUAUAAAAGAUAUGAAACUGCAAUUUUACAUAGGUUCAUACCUCAAAUGGCCCUUUCUGUAUGUCAUUUACAUGAUCAUGAUCUUUACACUAAAGCUUCAUUAAGCUAAAGUUGUUUUUUUUUGACUGUAGUGUCUCUUUAAGUUAAAUUUUAUAGGUUUAUAGAAGUUUUCAAAAUUGUUGAUUUAAUGUUUCUAUAUGGGUAUUUACACUGUGUGCCUGCCUUUGUGCAGACAACGGUGACCGCUUACUUUGCAUGACACGUGUCUCCCAUAGAAAAAAGUCAUUAAACGUCUGUGCAUUCAGGACUCAGACGGAACUUCUUUCAAACCUACGAAGCAUCCCAGUGGCCGGCAAACCAGCGAUAGACUAGCUGUUCAGGAAACAUGUGCAAAAUCCACACAGCCCAGCGGCAAACUGCAGAUUAACCAGAGCAUCAGUUCUUCUAACAGCAGCAACAAAGCCCAGGUGUGUAGACUUGCCACACUCUCUGCAAAUCAAACCAUAACACUUUGAAACUAAAUUUGACCCCAUACAUAAGCUUUAUGCAAUGGACAAUCUCAAUCCUCUAAAGGAAUAAAUCAAAUCUUGUUUUAACCCCUUAAGGACACUUGACAUGUGUGACAUGUCAUGAUUCCCUUUUAUUCCAGAAGUUUGGUCCUUAAGGGGUUUAAACAGGACACAAGAAUAUGUUCUGGACUUACUGUGUACAAAGUAAUUGUCUAAAUAUAUGUGGUCAGAAUAAAUUGUAUAAAUUCUAGUUAUUAGAUGCUACUGAAGUGUUAAGGCUGUCCCAUAAAAUAAGUUUUGAUCUGUGAUUCUUUGCAAUUAGAAACAGCCUACUGUAAAUUCAAAUAGGUGUAGGAAGUGUAGUCUUACUCUCCUAACAGUUUAAUUGUGUGUUGUAUUUGUUCCAUUCUAAGAAUUGUAAUCUGAAUAUGCUCAGUUGUAUACAAUGCAGGUGCGUGUACGUGGUGGUGGGGGAGGGAGGUCACUACUUUAUUAGUCAGGAUUGGUGUGGAAUGUGUUUCAAAUAUGGCCAUUGUUUUUAUUAACAAACCAUGCGCAUGGCUAUCAAAAUUUAAGAUUUAAUUUUUCUUUUUUUUUCUCUUUAGUUUAAAAGUAUUUAAUAUUUCUAUUCUAAGAUAUUUAUAUUUUUAAGAUUUAACAUUUUUGAUACAUUUGUUAUAAAUUUAUACAUGUUUUUAAUACUUAAUAAAAGAUAUCAAACAAUAAAAUAUAUUAAAAUAGAAGUAUUUUUGCAAAAUUGAAUUUGAAAAGCUUAUCCAAAAUAUUACAUCUGAGAUUAGGGUUUGUCUGCAAAGUAACCAACAAAAUGUAUAGACUUGAUGUGUUUGAACUUCCUGUGAGGUUCUCAAACAUGUUUGGUAGUUUGUAUAAUUACUGCAAUUUUCUUUCCCAUUUAGCAUGGCACAACAAGAUUGUUCCGUUCCACAAACUCCAGCAAAAGUUACCAGGGUCAGCAGAACACAAGUCAAGGCUCAUCUGUGCCAAGUCGGCAUCCGCAGAGUGGCAAAGCACAUAACCAGCAGUACCACAGCAAGAAGCGUAAGCACAAGCGGGAUACAGACUUGUGUAGAUAGCUGUUCUGGGGCUGAACUGAACUUAACCCCUCUCCCCGUUGUGCCGCAGAACAAUUAAUAAGCAACAACUAGGGCUCUGUUGAUCCCAGAAGCUUCAGUACUGUUCAGACUCUUUAUUUUAGGAUUUAUUUUUUUUUCCUUUUCCCAGCUAACCACAAAAUGGAUCAUGAAGAUUUGCAACCACAGAAAAAAAUCUACAAAAAUCUACAGAAAAAAAUUUAAAAAAUAAAUAAAUUAAAAAAGUGUCUCUUGGAGGCAAAAAACACAUUUAGGAAACUAUGACAUUUGCACUUCAAUUUCAGCUUUUUCAAGUUGAUUUGUAGAACUUAAAAUCCAGUGUUCAUAGCUUGACAAUAAAAAAAAAAAAAGAGAGAAAAAAACAAAUAGGAAAGGUGGUGCAAUUUUGGCAAAAAUCACAUUCAUGGGAACUGAAAUCUGCAUGAUAUAUAUUUUUUCUUUUUUUUAUCGGUUUCAAUAUUCUACUUUUAUUGUGCGUACAAUGAUACGUUAAAAGUUGCACAUUUGCAAUGGUGCAUUUGCUUUUUACAUAUAAAAAAAACAAAAAACCUGAAAUAGGAUGUGUAAUGACUCUCAACCAGUCCGUGAAUGAAGCUUUUCAUUGUGAAACAGUGAGUUGCAGUCCCCCAGAAAAAGGAAACUGCUUGUACCCUAUUUGAGUAUUUAUAAAUGAAACUUUUUUUUUCUUUUGGCUUCCCUCUCUACGUUUCAGGAUGUUUGGCCCCAUAUGUUCUCUAUUGAAAUUUUGCUUUUCAGCACAAAUUACCACACACCUUAUUAGAGAUUAAUGUAAUCCUUUCUUUGUGUUUACCUGCAGAAACAUUCAAUAGGUGUGCAACACAAAUGUCUCAUCUGUCCUGCUAUGAUAAAUGUUCUGAUAUUGUGUAAGAUCCAGAUAUUGUGUGAUUAUACAAAGCAGGAAAUGGGCACAUUUACCAUUGGGGUUAAAUUUCUGAAGUUUAAAAAAAAAAAAAAAAUUUGAAAAAUGAUUUUUUUUUAUUUUUUUUUUAAAGGAAUGCUAAAACUGCAUUUAUUUAUUUUUUUAAAUUGAUCUUGAUUGUCCAACCUUUAGUAUACUAAAAUAUUCUUCAUGAACAAGCUCACGCUGUAGUCCCUUCAUAGCCGAAGUGCUACAGGCUGGAGGUAAUGUCUGCGUCCUAAAGUUUUAU